AUGGACAGUGGGUUAAUAAAUGCUGUCUUAUUCAUUGAUUUAAAAAAGGCUUUUGAUACCAUUGAUCAUAACAUUUUACUACAGAAGUUAACUUGUUACGGUUUCAACAAAGAAACGAUUGAUCUUUUUAGGAACUAUCUUUCAGAUCGUACUCAAAUAACAGUUAUUAACAACAUACGAUCUGAUACUCGUAAAGUAACAUGUGGAGUUCCUCAGGGGUCUAUCUUAGGUCCACAACUGUUUUUAAUAUAUAUAAACGACCUACCUAAUAGUGAAUUGGUAUCAGAUGGGCGUUUAUUCGCUGAUGAUACCAACUUGACUUUUGCGGACAGCAACCCUGACAAGUUGAUUUCUGUUCUAAAUGACGACCUUAAAACUCUCCAAAACUGGUUUAACCUGAAUAAACUAAGCCUGAAUGCGAUUAAAACUAAAU